AUGGAACAACAAAAUGCGCCCCAGUUGAGUGGGCUCGAGGGUCAGUUGCGCAGCAUGAUUCUCGACAAUGUCAACAUGGCCGGCCAAGAGAGCCAAUCAACACAGAGAGGACGAGGGAGAGGGCGAGGACGGGGCCAAGGGCGGGGACGUGGGCGGGGACGUGGUGGUCAUUUCGUCGACGAUGCCAACCCUCCCAGUCAAGACCAGUGGCGUCAGAACCCUUCACUCCCAAGCAGAGCAAGAGGAGGCGGUCGAGUCUGGGACAUGUCAGCUCCCGCACGCGGUCAACAUCCGCCGAGAGUUCUCCAACGCCCGCAUUACCCAUCGCCAGGUCAAGCCCAAACAGGCCCGACCUUUUCACAACAUUCCCAGCCACAAACAACAUAUGCACCACGAACACCCCAACCGAGAGAGAAUCCCUUGGUUCAGAUUGAGCAUCUAGACCGAAUAGCUGCAGAGGAGAUUACCAAGGUUGAAAUGUCCACGUCUGAAAUCGAAGAAAAGGAAGACUUUAGAAAGUAUCUAGAGACGAUUAUGCAACAAGCCUUUGCUAAGUACUACUCUGGAGACAUUGAGAACAUCUCACUGGUCGGCUUCGGUAGUCUGGCUUCUGGAUUUGGCAUGCCUGGCUCAGACAUGGACCUCGCUGUUGUACCAACAUACAGGGAUCCAGCCAGAGCCAACGAUUUCUCCAUUGAUCGAGGUAUCCCACGUCUACUAGAGCGAGCAGUACUUGAUGCCAAGCUGGGCGGUCGCCUACUCACGCGGACACGAGUGCCUAUACUGAAGAUAUGUCAAAGCCCAACAGAGACUCUUUACACGGCCCUCUUUGAAGAACGCCAAAAGUGGGAUGAGCUUCCUGAUGAGGAAAAGUACCCUUCAGACGCAACACGGUCGUUUGUACAGCCAAAGCCUGCAGCAAAUCACCAGGUACCACCUACUCCACAGGUGGAUGCUGCUAAGUUUGUGACCAACUUUCCGACACUAGGCACUACAGCACCUACAAAGAACAGUUUGCAGGCCCCAAAGACUGAGGUCAAGUCGCCUACGACAGAGACAUCUAGUGUAACCAACGACAAGGCAAAGAAGGACCAAAACCAGCGCUCUGGAAAGCAAUGGUCACGUGAAAAAGUAGUCGGGCCUCUCGACUUCCCAAAGACCGGCUGCGGAAUCCAAUGUGACAUCAACUUUGAGAACCCACUUGGAAUCCACAACACCCACAUGCUCAAAUGCUACUCACUGACGGAUCCCCGCGUGCGGCCAAUGGUCCUCUUCGUAAAGUCAUGGGCCAAGCGUCGCAAAGUCAACAGCGCCUAUUCCGGGACCCUCUCUUCCUACGGCUGGGUACUCAUGGUGCUGCACUACCUCGUCAACAUCGCCUAUCCACCGGUAUGUCCAAACCUACAGCUCAUAGCCAAGAAACCAGAACACACAACGACGCGAAUCAUCUCAGGCUACCAAGUCCGCUUCUGGCGCCACGAGCAUGAAAUCAUCCACAGCGCCCAAACGGGGCAGUUGACAGAAAACAAGGAAUCUCUCGGUUCGCUCCUACGAGGGUUUUUCCAAUACUACGCUUCGCUCUCUGGAUACAAUUACCCGCGACCGCCACAGUUCCACUGGACUAAUGAGGUCUUGUCGCUGCGCACACCGGGUGGCAUCUUGACCAAGCAGGCCAAGGGGUGGGUUAGCGCGACUACAAAGAUUACGGCGGAGAAGAAGGUUACGAAUCGGUAUUUGUUCGCCAUUGAGGAUCCCUUCGAGGUUGAUCACAAUGUCGCGAGGACAGUGACGCAUCGUGGUAUCGUUACGAUUCGAGAUGAGUUUCGCAGGGCGUGGAGGAUUGUUAGGGCUGUGGGGCAGGGGUUUCCGCCUGAAGGUGGUAUCUUUGAUGAGGUUUUCGAGUAUGACUGA